AUGUCGACGGCCAUCCGCAAGCGCCCGGCGGCGGGACAGGAACCGGGCGUCCAUGGCAGCAAGAAGCCCCGAUACGCGUUCGGGAGCAUCUCCGACUACAAGAAGCUUGAGGUGCUUGGAGAAGGCACCUAUGGCGAGGUGUUCAAGGCGCGCGACCGCCGCACCGGCAAGAAAGUCGCCGUGAAGUGGGUCCGCGGCAACGGGGCCGGCGGGCACGGCCCGCCCGACAUCCGCGCGAUCACCCGCGAGGCCGGCUGCCUCGCGGCGUGCCGAGGUCACGAGUCGAUUAUCGAGAUCUUGGAUGUGGCGACUGACGCCAAGACAGGGGAUGUGUUCCUCGUCAUGGAGCUCGUCGCCGACGGCCGCACCCUCCGCGAGUCGCUCUGGAGGCCUGUAUCCGAGGACGCGACCCGAGUGAUGAUGGAGCAACUCCUGGACGCGGCCAAGAAGAUACAUGGAGCCGGCGUCAUCCAUCGGGACUUCAAGCCGGAGAACGUCAUGGUCGGCUUCUUCGGCGGGCUCAAGGUUGGUGACUUUGGGUCGGCGAUGCGGGCGAAGCCGGCCGGAGUGCCCUAUGAGGAGUGCUGUGUCGGCACCCUGAUUUACACCUCGCCGGAGCAGCUGGAAGGCAACCGGUACUACGGCCAGGCCGUUGACAUGUGGGCGCUUGGGUGCAUCAUGGCGGAGAUGUUGACCGGCGCGACACUCUUCGUGGCGGAGACAGAGGAGGAGCUGCUCGCCGAGAUCUACAAGCUGCGAGACCAGAUCACUUCUACGGGGGAGCUGGAUUUGGAGUUCUUGGAGGAGCUUUCAGAAGCCGGGCGUGAGGUCCUGACCGGCCUGCUAUCCUUCAACCCCGACGAGAGGAUCACGGCGGCGGAAGCGCUCGAGCACCGGUGGUUCAGCAAGCCCAAAGGAGCAGAGCACCCUGGCUUUGUGUCGCUGAGGAGUUAA